AUGGCAGCCGCAGCCGCAAUGGAUCACUUGGAAGUCAGCACCGACGACGACGAUUCGUCGGAUUACUCCAGCAGCUUCACGCAGAGCUCGACGCAUAGCAUUACAAGCUCGAUUGUGGACUACGUUUACGAGAAUGGAAGACGGUAUCAUCGCUACCAGGAAGGAAAAUAUAUGCUUCCGAAUGAUGAGGCGGAACAAGACAGACUCGACUUGUAUCAUCACCAUGAGUUACUCACGCUCCACGGGAACCUUUACGUUGCAAUCCUUCCGGUGAAGCCGCAGCGUAUCCUGGACUGUGGCACUGGAACUGGAAUCUGGGCGUUGGAUAUUGGAGAGGUUUUUCCAUCGGCGGAAGUGAUCGGAGUAGAUUUGAGCCCCAUUCAGCCAGAAUGGGUGGUGCCUAAUGUCCGUUUCGAAGUCGACGAUCUGGAGAUGGACUGGACCUACCAUCCCGAUUACUUCGAUUUCAUCCACUCACGCAACAUCGCCCAAAGCAUCCAGGACUGGCCCAGAUAUGUGAGGCAGAUACACACGAAACCAGGCGGCUACAUCGAACUCGCGGAAACAUCAACCAGAAUAUAUUCCGACGACGAGUCACUGACCGGCAGUACGUUGGGAUUGUACAACGAAAAAUUCAACAAGGCUCUCGAGAUAGCCGGAUUGAUGUUUCCAACAGGGGAGACUCUGAAGAAGUUUGCCAAGGCUGCCGGCUUUGUGGAUGUUAAGGUGCACUCUAUCAAGCAGCCAUGGGGUUCAUGGCCAAAGGAUCCGGAAAUAAAGAGGCGGGGCAUUAUCGCCGCGAUGAUUUGUACUACUGGUCUGGAGUCCUACGGAAUGGCUCCUCUGACCAGAUACAUGGGCAUGAAGCCUGAGGAGGUGUUGAAGAUGUGUGUCAAUUCUAUGGUGGAGGUGGACAGUCGCAAGGUGCAUGCGUAUACUAUUCUGUAUCAUGUGGUGGGGAGGAAGCUGGAAUAG